AUGCCGCCUGCAAACUCGCCCUCUGACACCCGCCCCUCGACUCCUCCUAAUACCUACCUGCGUCAGCUCGAGGAAGCCAUUGCCACUCCUGUCCCCGACCUUGCCUCUACCUUGAAUCUCAACUCGAGCGAUUCAGAUUCACAGAACGAGCAAAGGCCAAAUCGCCCGCGGACUCAAGCUAGCCAGCUCGAGGGAUUUCUAGCAGACCAUGACGUGAUCGGCACACACGGGGUUGACCAUUGGCUCAAUGCGCGUCAGGACCAUCAGGACUCGGCUACCAUGGAGGCUCAGGACGAACGAGUGAACGACCGCUCAAGGCGCAUGUCGACUGGUUCCACCGAGGAGAACCCUAUGUUCACCAGACGGCAACCGCCUGACUCGACAAACACCCAAGAUCCUGACGACAGCGAUGCGGACAUGGCAUCUCUAAGGAGGGCAGCGGCUCGUAGCACCGAUACCGAUACAAGGACCCUAUAUCUGCUCUUUGAAGCUGCUCUGCAGCGCGUUAGGUCAAGUCGUCGUGACAGGAGAAACAACGCGGACGGAGGGGCACUCAUCCGAGCCUGGAACAACGGAGAAGCUGACGACGAGAUAACUGUCACACCGGGGUACGUCACAGGCCAUCGAAGAGAGCUUAGCCCAAGACAUUUCCAAAACGGCCGACAGCCUAACGGGUCUCGACAUGGGCCGCCAGCCAUGCUGAGACGAUCCGACGCUUUCAGGCGGGUUCGGAGACUGAUUCGCUAUCUCUCCCAGCUACGACGUACUGGUAUCGAAGGUGGCCUCGAGGCAGCGCGGAAACUAGGGCUCGACUCACUGUACGCGUUGGAUGACUCUAAUGCGCCCAGCGACCUUCCCAUGCACAUUAACAGUCUUCCUGUCCCGCAGUACAGUUCUUGGUUGCAAGCUGGAAUGGCCUGGCAUGGGCUGCAGUCUACGGAACGCGAACCACUCCGCGGACUCCGCCACGAAGCUUUUGAGGGCGAUCCCAUGGCAACGACAAAUCCACGGCGCGAAAUAGAACGCCAGCUGCUCCAGCGAAUCAGGGAUCGACGAAGGGAUGCGCCUCGUGGAGGCAUCAACGAGACUGCAGAGUCAGAGGUUAACAGCCAGGCGCUGGUUACCGUGGAGACAUACCUCUCCGACUUGGAGAGGCAACAGGGCAUUGGUCAAGACAGCGCUGGUCGAUGGUCCUUUUCGUUACCACGUUCGCUCCGAUUGCUAUCAUCUAACACCACCCAGACUCCUUCUCAGUAUGCCGAGCCUGACCACUGGCCUGUCAAGGUGAUGAUCCAUUCGGUGGACUGGGAAGCCAUGACCCUGACUGGCAUAAUGUCCGCCAGCCAGAUGCCGGAAAAGCUCCCGUCCCUGCAUCAAUCCGAUGCACCACCGCUUGUCCCGGCUACCGGCACAACAACAGCAGCAACAACCAGCAUGUCCAGUUUCUUCGUGGGAGAGAUUAUCGACUUCCGACGACAGCCUUUGGAGACGGAGCAACCAGGUCGAGACUACGAAGUGGGUGGCCUCAGCGUGGACGCGCGGUACUGGCAACGACUGGGACCUUUCAGAAAAGAAAUUGAGCGAGUUCGACAUUUACGGGGGAAGAAAAGAAGCGAGUACCAGCAGAGCAGCGCCCUUUGGGAGGCGUUUCGAAAAGCGGCUGGCGGCGGGGAAGGCGAAAAUAAGGAUACGCAAAGUCCCUCGAACGCGACCUCCCCUUCGACGGGCAACACGAAGGCUUUCGAGACUCCCGAGGACAAAGAAGCCGACGACGACGAGGUUAUGGCUCGCUGCUUGGGUAGUGCCAAGUGGAUCGAAGAAAAGUUGGGCAAAGAGUGGAUUCUCAUGCGCUGGAAGGAACGAUGUUUUGUGACACCUCCCGGAAGCUCUACCAAUUCAAGGCCGAUGAAUGCCAAUGCGACGAGGACCAUCUUCACCACGACUGCCUCAAGGACCGGACGAACCACCGGGCGUGGACCUGGUGGUGGCCACAGCAAUGCAUCCACCUCAUGGGGACUGACGAUUGCGGGCUAUUACUACAUCGCCCUGAACCGUCUGACCGGGGAAAUCGACGGUCUGUACUAUGACCCGGGAUCGCAGCCCUUCCAGACGAUCAAGAUGGUACCAGAGGGCACCCGGGUGGCACGAGCCCAGGCUUGUGGCUGUGGAGAGCAGGAUUGUCGAGAGCCGGUCGGGGUCAAGAAAUGGUUUCCGGCCGUUGAGGUUCGGUGA